AUGGCCAUCAAAUUAAGGAAAAGCAUUUACUCAGCUCCUAAUUUUUCCUGGGGUAGAACUUCAGUCCUGGAGUGUGAAUUGGACUUUGAUGACUUGCUGAAGGGGAUGUCGAGUCGUCCCUAUCACCAGCUCUGGGAACAUCCCGACUCAGGUCGCCGCAGACCAAAAGCCAAUCAACAGGCAAAGGAUUUGCUCUCCAAAGCAGAUGUGCCCAAGUUCGGUGAUCUUCAUGUUGUCGGAUUUCUUUCCGGAGAAAUGAUGCCACGCGGGGCGCGCGGGAACUGCGUGCGUUGGCUCUGUGCGGCCCGCACGCGGCGUCAGGGCGCGCCUGCUCCGGGCGUUCUGGGCCUUGCCCUUCCAAGAAGUAGCCCGGCGGACCGGAGCGGGCCUAGCGGGCAGCGGCGGCGCCGGCACGGGGGCAGGUCACGCGAACGCAGGUUCCCAUUUAACCACCCCGGGUCCCUCACAGAGCGCGAGCCAGUCUCUCACCCGGAGCGAGUGGCAAAAAAGCUGACUCCAGAGCGGUUCUACAUCACGAGGCGAAAGGGAACCGACCCGGUGGGCCACACUGCCGACGGUUCGAGAGACCCGAAAACACAAGUCCGACCACAGCCCUCCGCCGCCCCUCCAGAGGCUUCCCGCCGCUUCCAAGACGGGAAAUCUAGGAAGGGCAGAAGAGUCCAGCCUGCCUCCCGAGUCCGUUCUGCAACGUGGCGACCCGUUCAGAGGAGCGAGCGCUUGCUGCCCGGCCCUGCUGGUGGAUGGUCCGUAGUUGGCUGGGGUGAGAGGCCUUUCAGUGGGAUCUACCUGAAUAACAAGGAAUCAGGAACGUAUCACUGCGUGUGCUGGGACAACCCACUCUUCAGCAGCUGCCGCGUGGCCAAUGUCUUCCCCGGUUCCGAGAAAAACUACUGCUCCGGCACCGGACGGCCUUCGUUUUCUGAGGCUCACGGGACGUCUGGCUCCGAUGAAAGGGACGCGGGGAUCCUGAGAGGCGUGGACACCUCGUUAGGAUUAACUCGCACCAAGGUUGUCUGCGAGCAGCGUGGAGCCCGUCUUGGCCGCGUGCUUCCUGAUGGACGUGGGCCUAGUGGGCAGAGGUUUUGCAUCAACAGUGUGGCACUGAAGUUCAAACCAAGGAAAUACUGACUGUCUCCAGGGGCCCCCUCCCCUCACCACUGCUUCAUUUACACCCUCAGUUGUCACCGCUCAUAUGAAUGACGUGUUCUGUUGGCUACCAAGCUAGGCCAAAUGUGCUGCUGGCACCAGGCAAGUCACAACCUCUGGGAUGUAUUUACCUGGACUCAGCCCAACCCUGACUCCAGCUUGGACUGGAAUUUCACGCGGUGACAGAAGGGCAGCCAUUUCCAUCGAAUUGACUUCUGUAGGCUCUGCCUGGGACCAGAGGGUGUGACUCUUGGGGGACAUUAAGAAGCUGAUGGACCACGAGCCAAAAAACUCCUACAAAACUACCCUGACCUUACCACUGCAGUGAAGCACUUCGUGGACCUAUACAGAUGUUGAAGGGGUACUUGCUGUUCGCUGGGCUCUCUUCUAGUUACCGGAGACACGGCAGUCAACAACACAGAUGAAGUCUCUGGGCUCCUGCCCUCAUUUGGAGCUUCCGUAGAGGUAGAGGAGGUGAGGGAAGAGCAUUCGGGCAGAGAGGACCACACACCGCACAGCUUAUGUGGAGGGCGUGCCCUUCACGAACAGCGAGGGGACCGGCGGGGCUCAUUACGAGCGAAGGAAGAAAAGAAUUCUCUACAGUGACCCAUCUUGUUUCUUCCGACAUGAUGAGUUAAAUGGAGGCUGAUCAAAGGAUCCCAGUGGUUGGGUUGGCUGUAAUCGGACUUAGGAAAGGACGGAGCGGACCCGUGUCACAUCGCCACCGGCGUGCACAUCCCGUCCUGAAUGAUGCCAUCAGGCUCAGCUCAAAAGGACGCACUAACUGAGGGUCCCCCGAGUCUGGCUCUGGGGAGCAGGGAUGGGAGGACGGCCUUCGCAGUCGGCUGAGAAGCUUCUGGUCGUUUCCUCUGCACAGGGGACACCCGUGGGGCUGCCUCCCGUCUGUGUAAGGGAGGGAGGUCUGUGUCCGCGAAGUCACCCACGACGAGGUCCUGGAGUGUUCCGACGACAGGAUGCCCUCCUCCCCGAGAGUCAUGAACAAAAGAGUACUUCCUGUUACAUUUAGAUGCCGAUUAUCAGGGAGGGGGUAGUGAUUGAUGAGAUGAGGGUGCGGGGAACGUUCUCUCCGUCGUAGGAGUAUUUGGCUGCUUGGGAACGGUUUACAGCCUGCUUCUUCCUAGCGCGCACCCCCCGAAAUCAUUUUCUUUGUAAACGUUAAAAGCCGUGUGAAAAAAACCCAACAACCUUGAUGAGUCCUCUUUGUACUUCCAUCAGCAACAUGGCAGCCUCUGAAUAAACUGUAAUUUCCUUCACCGUACCUGUUGAGAACAUUUAGGCCACAUUUAGGAAAACCAACAACGACGACACCUGGGCAGGGGUCUCAAGAACAAUUAGCAAUUAAAAUAAUCUAUGUUCUACA